CUGCAAUAAAACGCGGAUGACUACAUUGAGGGGAAAACAUUUCUAAGAGGUAUCCGUCGGCGUGGGAACAGGAAAUACGUUCUAGUGUAGUUUACGCCUCACGCUUUCUUUAGUCUUAUCCUUUUGUGAUAUUUGGCGACCCCGUAAUUCGAUUCCAAAUGACUCGGUAUGUAAGCAGUUGUUUCUUUACUCUGUUCGUUCUUUUCCUUUGGCGGGUCGAAGACAUCGCAGAAGCUUGCAGAUGCCUCCCUCAGCAUCCUCAACAGGCUUUUUGCGAUGCAGAAAUUGUGAUCAGGGCGAAGGUGGUUGGAAAGAAAGCGGUGUCUAACAACAUCAAGUAUGACAUCCAACAGAUCAAGAUGUUCAAAGGUUGUGACCAGGUUAUCCACGCCAUCUUCACUGACACUACUUCGUGCGGUGUGACUCUAGAAAUCAACAAGGAGUAUCUCUUCACAGGCAAGCUGGAGACUGGAAGGAUGUAUGUAACAAUGUGUGGCUAUAAUCCGUCCUGGGAGAACUUGAGUGCCGCACAAAAAAACAGCUUGACUCGCCUCUACAAAAGUGGCUGCGAUUGCAAGAUCAUCCGCUGCACUUCCCUCCCCUGUCCGAUCAGCACCUCAGCUGCGUGUUUGUGGACAGACUUGGGAACCGACAAUGGCCAGAACCUUGCCUGUAUCAAGAGGGAAGAUGGGUCCUGUGCCUGGUACACGGGGAUGGCACAACCCAAGAAGUAGUUACUGGAUAUUGGAGACUCCUAAACUCUACAGGCCACCCACUCACUGCUCAGAGUGACUAAAGAUGCCUGCAAUUAAUACAUUAGAAAACACAGCUACAAAUGCAAAUUGUGAUUAUUUUUUUAAAUUUUUUUUUUAUUGCUUACUGAUCACUUCUACAAGUGCAAUUUAAAAUAAACUACUAAUUAUAUAUUUCCUAUAAUUUUAUACAUACUACUAAUUUUAUAUAUAUCACUCAAGGUAAUCAUUUCUGUUAUUUGUUGCUUGUUUUUAAACUGGAACCAAGGGUGUUAUUGAAACCCCAAAUUGUUUUUAAUAUGCUUGUCUGUAAAUGGAACAGUGUUUCUGAAAUACCAUAAAGCCUGGGACGCAUUCAACAGGGUGUAAUGUAUAAAGUUCAGAUGGUAUGAUCUAUACAUGAAUAACAAAUUGUCUUCUGACAUGAGGAAAGGAAUCAUCUCGGUUUGAAUGGCAUCUCUAUCUGCCACAUUAAACAUUUGUCUACUGAAUGUGGCCCUUCAGUAGUUUGGGUCUAAACCAGGGCUUCGGCUUUGUAAUGUCAUUAAACCACUCCGAUUCUUUCUUCCUUGCUUUUUAAGUCGGAUAAUAUUAUUCUUCAGUGGAAAAAAAUAUCCUGUACAGUUCAAUAAUUUAGCAGAUGAUGAUAUUGAGCCACUUUUUUUUUUUUUAUAUAUUUUUUUUUUUAUCGCCAUACUUUACCCCAAGUGGGAAUAAAACCCACAACCCUGGCAUUGAAAGAACCCUGCUCUACCAACUGAGCCACACGGGUACAACCCUAUAGACAAAACCCUUUGAAUUAUCUGCAAUGGAGAUUGUAAACUUGGCUGCUUUGGUCCACAGUGUAGGGUAGUGGUUUUUGUCAUGAAUCUUGUUCUGGAGGCCAAACUGCAGAUGGGCACAGUCAUAAAAUCUGAAUUUAAACAACCUUAAACUCAACUUUUAAUAUAUAUGAAUAUUUACUAUAUAACCAGUUUUUUGGUUCCUAAAAUAAACAAAAAAUACCUUAAUUAAAAUAUACUUUUAUAAGUAUCAACCCCCUUUUGUUUAGGUAAGCCUAAAUUAGUUAAGGAAUAAAAUGUGUCGUAACAAAUCACAAGUUACAUGGACUGAAUUAAUGGGGGUUGACAUGAUUUUUGAAUGACUACCCAUUCGUCUGUCCCCCAUGAAUCUGUAAGGUCCCUCAAAGACCAGGGAGCUUUUUGAAAGCCUUUAGAAGGGCUAAUUGGUAGAUGGUUAACAAAUCAGACUUCUCUUUAAACAUGGUAAAGUUAAUAAUUAGGUAUGAAACCACCCAGACAUUAUGCGUACCCACCAUGGUAUUGGGCAGCUGCUGACAUUUGAACUUAACUGGUUUAGAAAUCAAACUCUGGUCAUCUAAUUGCAGAGAACAUUGUAUACAUUUUGCCCAGCUUUUUUUGUUAAGAUUGUAUUACAAGGUAUGCUAUAUGUGUAGGAUAUGCCAUGUUAGUAUAUGCAGCUGUAGGUUUUAAACCCCAUUCUAGGCUGUUAUAACAUUUCUGUCUAUCGGGAGUGAGUUCUUUUCUGUUUGUUAAAAUAAUAACAGCGCUCUGCUUUCUAUAGACGUUCCAUGCCCGACCCACACGACCUGUGAUUUCCGUGCAUCUGAUUGGACAGAGGUGUCACCACAGGUCCCAGAGUGGUUGGGCAAUUUUUUUCUCUCCUGAUUGUAACAAAGUUCAGAUUUGCCCCCCCAAAAAUGUUUGAUUGUAAUAUACACCAGAGUGUGUAAAGCUGUCAUCAAGGCAAAGGGUUGCUACUUUGAAGAAUCUCAAAUAUAAGAUAAACAAAUAAAAAUAUAAUACUUUUUUUGGUUUGUACAUGAUUCCAUAUGUGUUAUUUCAUAGUUUUGAUCUCUUCACUAUUAUUCUAUAAUGUAGAAAAUAGUAAAAAAUAAAGAAAAACCCUACACUACUUUUGACCAGUAGUGUAGGCUAUCUAAAUAUGUGAAAAGAGUGGCCAUGGGGAAUAAACCCCUGCUUUACUGUACUGUGCUCUACUGUACCCUACUCUACUGUUCUCUACUCUACUGUACUGUGUUCUGCUGUACCCUACAGUAUUGUGCUCUACUGUACCCUACUCUACUGUUCUCUACUGUACCCUAUUCUACUGUACUGUACUGUGCUCUUCUGUACCCUACGGUAUUGUGCUCUAAGGCUGUACGUUUGUUUAUGUGUAACUGUGUUGUUUUUGUCGCACUGCUUUGCUUUAUCUUGGCCAGGUCGCAGUUGUAAAUGAGAACUUGUUCUCAACUGGCCUACCUGGUUAAAUAAAGGUGAAAUAACAAUAAAAUAAGGCACUGUGCUGUACCGUACUCUAUUGUUCUCUACUGUACUGUGCUCUACUAUACUGUACUCUACUAUACUGUACCCUACUCUACUGUAUUGCACUGUACUGUACCCUACUGUACUGUACCCUACUGUACUGUACUAUACUAUACUGUACCCUACUGUGCUCUACUAUACCCUACUGUACUGUACUAUACUGUGCUCUACUGUACCCUAUUCUACUGUACUAUACUGUACCCUAGUCUGCUGUUCUCUAGUGAGGUGCUAGGGAAUUCAGGUAAAUAUUUCAAAUAUGCUGUAAGUCUGAAUAAUAUUCUGUAUAUUCCUAUCGGAAGACAGUGUGCAGAAACUUUGGUAAAAAUAGGAUACAAAUUAGUCAUUUUUUUCAACCCCCAAUUUGCACAACUUCUGCAGAAUGACCCAUAUACUGUUAAUAUGUCAUUAAAAAGUUAAAGGUC